CCCAAUAAAUUCUCUAGAUUCACAGAUUAAAACAAAGCUAGAUCCUUCCCUCUCCAUUUGAGAGAGAGAGAAUAACUGAACUGCUUGGAUGGUCCGCUCGUAUGGCGUCUGCUUCCUCUCCUCGUCAUACUCGCCUUCCUCUCUCUUUAGAACCAGGAGGAAAAUACCUCAACAAUGAAGCUAACUUACCUAUGCUUCCUAUCCACAUUGUAACGGAUGCUUCUCAACUUCCAGCUGAGUUCCUGGACCCCUCACCUACAGCCCAAUUGAUAAUUGGUUUUGAUUGUGAGGGGGUUGACUUGUGUCGCCAUGGGACCCUUUGUGUUAUGCAGCUUGCAUUUCCAGAUGCUAUUUAUUUAGUUGAUGCCAUUGAAGGUGGAGAGAAGCUUGUAAAAGCUUGUAAGCCUGCACUCGAGUCUAGUUACAUCACAAAAGUUAUUCACGAUUGCAAGCGGGAUAGUGAGGCAUUGUACUUUCAAUUUGGCAUCAAGUUACACAGUGUCAUUGACACUCAAAUUGCUUAUUCUUUGAUAGAGGAACAAGAAGGCCGGGCACGCCUCGCAGAUGACUGCAUAUCAUUUGUUGGCCUCCUUGCAGACCCACGUUAUUGUGGUAUUUUAUAUGUCGUGGUAUCCAUUUGAAUUUAUUUGUUUGUGGCUUAGCUAUUUGAUGAUUCCAACUUGUGUACCAUAAUUUCUAAAGAUCGUUAACCAUGUG